GUCGUCAUGCAGUUCAUGAGUCAGGCAAUGGGUAUAGCCGACUGCAUACUCCUGGCCGUAGCCCCGAUUGGCGCCAUCACCACUGUUGUAAGCGCCAUCAGAGUGGCUGGGCCAGCAUGGCUGAAGUCAUUCAUCGGACGAGCAAGAGAGAAUCUAUCGGCGGCUGAAAUCGAGGUCAUGUCAUCCACAUCGGACGAAACAUGCGAACUUUGGAACGGCCACAGUGUGGUUAGGUGCCCGGGAUCGGCCGAUAUAUACCAGUUUAUCUGCUUGCUCCCCAAAGGUUCUAAUCUAAAAUCCCUAAUAAUAAAUGUCUACCAGCAACACGCCAGCAAUUAUACCUCAAAGGAAAUGUGCGUCGUCGUGGAUCGUUUUGAUGAUAGUGCGCCAAAUCUUCUACUCAACUGUCACGAUAGAGUCCAGCGCGGCGAAAUUUACCUUGCGGCUGCCUUUGGCGUAAUUUUACAGCUCGGCGCUCUGGUUUACUUCGGAUUCAUCACCUACAACCCACCAAUCAAGGGCCAAUUCUUCCUGAAAGAUGGCAAACGAAUCGUCGACUAUGCUUUUCCAUGUGCUGCUGGAGGAACUGUUCUUCUGAUGCUUGGGUUAUUCAUAUGUGCUUGGGUUGUUGAAAGAAGCACUACAGAAACUUGCUACGAGGCACCAAAUCACCAGAUGUUCGUCGUCUGGUUACAGAAGGACCACACGGUCAAUGAUCAGGUGUUCAAGCCCUAUGCAAUCUACCCAACCAGCAAACGAAGGUACAUUACAAGGUCUCGUCGAAAUACAAAGCGGCCCGGUCAACAAGAAGAGUCGAAAAAGAAUAUGACCAACGUUCCAAUUGUCGGCGAUAAAACCAGCACUACACGAGACAAUAAUGCGGCGCAAGAACCUAUCUGGGACCAGAGGUUAGAGCGAAUUACUUUCUUCGGCGCUCUCAUUGCCCUCAUUGGGUUUAUCUCACAGUUCAUUGGGAUGAGGGGACUGAACUGGACAGCAUCAGUCGUGCAGCUUGCUAUCACAUUUGUGGUAACUAUGAUUAGGGUCAUAGUUCGGCGUGGACUUGGCAAAUCGCCAAUUGGCCGUGACUUGUUGUUGAACACUGAGCUUGACUGGUUCUCUCUGACUCUCGGAGAUCUU